AUGGGGGAUGAUCCGGGGAGGCUUUACCGUCUGGAUGGAGUUGCUCAUAUCGCCGGGGUGAUCAACGACGAGUGGUUUUAUGAUAGUGGUUUAUGUUAUGGUGGGUUUAUGAUAGUGGUUUUUGUUAACGUGUUAACGGAUUACGCACCUGGUUUAGACGAAUUGUUUGCGCCGAACCCUCGGCGUUGCAUAUCCAGCGUUAGGCGGCAGCAGGGGAUGCGGCUUGAUGAGAGGUACGUUCCCUACCUGCAGAUGGCCGGCUUGUACCAUCUAGCGAGGUUGAACGACAGAUGGUUCCGACUAGACGAGCCUUUAGUCAGUGCAUUCAUCGAGAGGUGGCGUCCUGAGACGCAUACCUUCCACAUGCCGUUUGGAGAGUGCACCAUCACCCUUCAGGACGUCGCAUAUCAGUUGGAGUUGCUGGUUGACGGUCAUUAUGUUAGUGGUUGCCUGACAGACUUCCACCUAUACAUUGAGGGUGGUAGGCCUGCUUGGACGUGGUUCCAUGAGUUGCUAGGUGUCCUGCCUCCUGAAAACCAAGUUCAAAAAUUCGCAGUCAACUGUACAUGGUUUCAGGAGACAUUUGGAGAGUGUCCCGUAGGGGCUGACGAGGAGACAGUUAGGCGCUUUGCCCGCGCGUAUAUCAUGAUGUUGUUGGGGAUGCAGCUGUUUGCCGACAAGUUCGGCAAUCGUAUACACAUCAGAUGGCUACCCUUUGUUGCUAGACUCGAGGAGAUGGGUGGCUACAGUUGGGGGUCGGCGGCGCUUGCAUGGUUGUACCGAUGCAUGUGCAGAGUCGCCAACAGACAUGUUGUGAAGCUAGCUGGGCCGCUACAGUUACUGCAGUCUUGGAUCUUUUGGAGGUUUCCUUCCUUUAGGCCCUCUGGGUGUGAUGCGUUUAGCUGGCCCCUUGCCUCGAGGUGGUCUGGUUACAAUCCUGGGAUUAGCAACAAGGGGCCUAGGGUUCAGAUGGCUCGCCUGAAGAUCGACCUGUUACAGCCUCGGGAUUUCAUAUGGAUGCCAUAUAGCGCACUCGACGUCAUCCAGGUUGUCCAUCCGGAGGUAUUGGAGCCUCGGCAUACGAUGUUAUGGCGGUGUGUGACGUCCUUGAUAUAUUUUGCGGUUGUUGAGUGGCAUCAGGUUGAUAGAGUGUUGCCGCAGUUUGGCGGCGUACAGCCCCCACCGCGUCCCGCCCUGAACAUCGACUUCUUGAUGUCGAAGGACGGGAGAGGAGGUGACCGCUGGUUCCCGGCGCAGCUAGCUGAUUGGCAUCUUCACUGGCAGGAGCGUGCAGAGCACGUUUUACAGUUCGACAUUGUGGCCGACCCCGGCCCCUCGCAUGAGUUCCUGACAUGGUGGCAUCAGCAUGGAAAGAGAUUCCUGUCGCCAGAGAUGUUUUUGGGCGAUCCACGAGGUAUUCCUAUUCCGGAUGAGGCGACUCAGAGGGGUCCCGGCCGAGUUCCUGAGAUGGACCGAGCCCACGAUGUUCCUGAUAGACGUCGUGUUGAGAGGAGAGCUCGAGUCGGCACACGUCGUAGCCAGCGUGAGCAUGCCUGGCUCGAUGAUGCCAUGGAUGAGGUUGAGGACGCAGGUAGGGGUCGCGGGAGACGACGUGGAGGCGGAGGUAGGAGGAGGGGGGUUGAUGCUAGAGAUGAUGUCCAUCACCCUGUGAGAGAUGCAGCUGGACGAAGUGAGGCAGUCGGGGUUGACAGGCACCAACAGGGGGGGCAUGAUGGUGAGUGGUAUGGGACUGGUAUGGGAGAUCCGUCGACUCACACUGACGCUGGGCUUGGUGGUGGACCUCUUGGAGAUUAUUUCGUUGGUGUUCCCGGUGAUGAUCAGACACUUCAGGACAGUACUCCAUGGGUGAGUCCGAACUCCAUGUUUCCAGACUUCAUUGCUAGUGAUGGUUUAGUGGCGGAGUUCGGUGGACCACAUUCCAUUGAGGAUAUCCGUACCAUCAUGCAGGAGGACGAUGCUUCACGAGGACGGCUACCGACGACAAGGACACAGGCACCUUUAGAUGUAGAUCUGAACGAGCCUGCCACGGUGCCUCCUGUGCAGACUUUUGCCUUGGGUGGGACGCCGGCAUCCGCACAUACUCUGGGGUCACAUUCAGUUGCCGGCCCGUCCUCAUCCAGACCAGUACAUGUCCCCCCCAGGACGCCUACAGAGGAUGCUCCAGAUGACGAUACCGACUCGAUUGAGGAUGAGGAGCCACUGAUCCAGAGAGGUCAUAGGACACGGGUUCCGCGCCGUUGUUUUACUGGUUCACACCUAUUCAGAUGA